AUGUCUGGUCGUCAAGUCUCCCACGGGCGCGGAGGCGCAGGCAACAUUUUCUCAAAGGAAUCGAACGGCUCGUCGGCCAAAGAUCUCGUCACCCCAACCAUCAAACAAGACAUAUAUACCACCGGGCGCGGAGGCUCCGGCAACAUGGUCGUCAACGACCCGCAGCAUCCGGAGCUCGCGCGCGAGAGUCAGGAUGUCGAGCUUCCGCCUCAGCGCCAGGAACAGGGGCGUCACUUUCUCGGACGAGGCGGUGUGGCGAACGCGUAUAUCCCUCCCCCCGGCGCAGAAGAGAAAUUUCGCCAGCAGGAGGAACAGGAGCUGCAGCGUGUCCGGACGGCGUCGAGAGAUCGUCUGAAGGAACUGGAACGCUCGCAUGACCAGCGCAAGCAGUCGCCGGCCAGCUGA